AUGACUUCGAUGGGAGACAGCAUGGGAGAAGACAGCCCCGGAGAAGACGAUAUGGUGCCAGAUCUAUGCUCCUGGUGCAGUCAACUGGACUUCGAGUCGAUUGCGAAUCUCUUCCCAAUUGAUUCAGAGAUUGCAAACCAUUCUUUUCACCAUGAAAAAGAUUACGACGCUAUUGAUUUCUUUGUCGUCGCGAAUGUUGGCUUGCGGUUUAGGACAAAAAUACCACCCCGUUGUCGGUUUUGCCAAUUUCUGCAUGAGCAGUUGCGUGAAAGUGAACUGGAUCAUACGAGUAAAGAAACUGGUGAGGGUGACGAACUUGUUGCCUUCUCACUUCGACAGAAGCUUCGUUUUAAUUUUGGAAAUGUUGCUUUGGAUGAUACAGUGCUGCUUAUUGUUCCGAAAGAAGAGCGGAGAAUAAUGAGUUUUUUCUGGUUACCAGAAACCUCGAUGUGUAUUACCCGGAACCAAGAUGCUGCCAACUAUUAUAGACCAAUCCAACCGACUGUCGACUACGAGGUCAUUCGUUCGUGGUUGAACGAAUGCAACAACCAUCACUCUAAGUGUAAAAAAGAACGACGGGAAUUCUCUCUGUCCCUCGUGGACUGUGAGAACCGGCGUAUCGUGCCCAGCGACUCAUCCACUGUAUAUCUAGCAUUGAGUUAUGUUUGGGGAGAAAUUCGUCGUUGCACUAUCGGGUCUGAUCUUAGGCUGCCAGAUGAUUUUCCGAACACCAUUGCCGAUGCGAUCACGUUCACGCUGAAUGCUGGGUACAGGUAUCUUUGGGUGGAUCAACUUUGCAUUGAUCAAAACGACCCUCGAAAGAGAUCCGAACAGAUCUCUCAGAUGGACUUGAUUUAUGGCACAGCUGAACUUACACUGGUUGCCGCGGCUGGUUUUGAUUCUUCAUUUGGCUUAUCAGGAGUGUCUAGUAGAUUGAGACCAGAAAGGCGUCUUGCAACAGUACCGGGUAAAGGGAUUGCUUCCGCUAUCCAUCAAGUGAAAGAUUUCGUAGGUGAUACAUGGUACAUAUCUAAAUCGAAGGUAUAAAGACCGUUUAUCUUUUCAAUACUCUGGAUCCACUGGCCGGUAAUCACGGAAUUGAUCUCAUUUCCUCCGUUUUAACAAUUCACAAGUCACUAAUACCAUCUUACAUAGUGGGCAUCAAGAGGAUGGACCUUUCAGGAGAGUUUUCUCUCCCGACGUCUCCUGAUAUUUACCGAGGAUCAAUUAUACUUCGAAUGUGGUAGUGUGAGGUGUUUAGAAAGCAUCAAAGUUGAAGAAGUUGGUCUUGAGAAGAGACCGCGAUUUGACGCCAAUGUCAUCGGACCGAUUUCAAAGACUCAGGCAAUGGAUCAUCAGCGCGAUGACCAUAACAUACACCAAAUGUUUUCCACUUUUGGCGAACUUAUUGAACGGUACAGUUCUCGAAAAUUUACUGAUGAGGGCGACGUUUUGAAUGCAGUCACUGGCAUCAUGAAAUAUCUGGAGCCACCUUUCAUCAAAAUAAAAGACUCUGUUUUCAUAAACGUUUCUAGCAAAACAGAAGUUGUGGUGGAUUUGAGAAGCUUUUGGGGUAUACCCCAUUUGGUCUCAUCAAGUGUGGAUCCCAAGAUUCAGAAAGCACUUCAUGCUCUCACAGUUCCUUUCCCUUGUUGGCGAAGCAGAUUCCCUAGCGAGGCUAAACGGAGGCCUCAGUUCCCUUCAUGGUCAUGGGCGGGCUGGACAAGUCCUAUAGCCUACACCAAAUAUUCUUAUACGGGCUACAAGAAGGUCUUACUGGAAGAUAUUCAAUUCGAAAUAGGAGAUUCCAGAGUAUCUGCCAGUAAAUGUGGGAAUGGGAGUUUGCAACACAACAUAUUACGAAAGGACCAAAAGCCACGUAUUCACCUUAACAUGGUCAUAUUGCCUUCGGACUUCUUCCAUCAUCGCACCUCCCAUACGUGGGUUAUUGAAAUAGGAAAUGUCUACUAUGAUCGUGGUUCAUUUGCCGAAGAACACAAAUUUCAAUGGAGUUUCAUGGACUUUUACACUGCUAGACUUGAGAUCAACGGAGUAUUCGAUUCCAGUGACCCUCUAGAUGACUCACAUGUAUCUGAUAUCCUGGAGCGAACCAAGUCUGGGAAUCUAGUAAUGGGUUUGGUUGGAAAUUUUGGAAGUAGCUCGUCGAAUAGAUACAUUGUAAUCCUUCUCCUACAACGAACUUCGGAUUGUUAUGAGAGGGUGGGUAUCAUGCAUGUCUAUUGUAUUAAGGGUUCCUGGGGGGGUCAAAUGGAGGAUCCAGACAUUUCAAUGCAACAGGCGUUUGACAGUAUAUCUUCAAAGGUGGAUCUGCAGAAGAAAACUUGGAUAUGCCUAGAAUGA